AUGCCUCUCCCAACCUCGACGCUCCUCGGCCCCUCCCAGGUCCCAGUCCAGCUGUGGGGGGGGGGGGGCAGGGGUGCCCUGUUGGCGGACAUCCAGAAAGGAGCCAGGCUCAGGAAGGUCACACAGGUCAACGACCGCAGUGAGCCUGUGGUCGACAAGCCCAGCGGUGCAGAUGUGUCCAGCGGUCCAGGCUGUAACCAGGGGGCUCAGGGCGGGGCGGGCCCCACCCUCGGGGGCCUCUUCGCCGGGGGGUUCCCCACACUGCGGCCCGUAGGACAGAAGGAUGCAGUGAAGAGCCCAGUGUCUCGUUCCAGCUCGUCGGUGACCCCCAGACCCGUGUGGAACCAGCCCCCGCCCGGCGAGUCCAGCACCGACCCCGCCCCGCCCCUCCAGCCGAUGGAGGGCGGCGCUGCCGUUCCCGCCCAGCAGCGCUCCACAGGCCCCUCCCACUCGGCCCCGCCCUCCCCCUCCCACACCGGCAGGCCGCUGCCGCCCCCGCCCCCACCUCCUCCCCACCGCACCCCCCUUCGCCGUCCACCACCACCACCCCCCCCCCCUCCGCCUCCUCCACCGGCGCCCCGCUACAGCAGCCCCCCCCCCCCGCUCCAGGACCGCCCCGUCAGCAGGCCGCCCCCCGUCCCCACCUCCCCCCCGCCUCCGCCCCACCAGGUCACCCGCCCCACCUGGCUGCCCGUGCAGCACCACCACCCCCACCCCCACCACCACCCCCACCACCACCACCCGCAGCCCCUCACCCCCCCUCCCCACCCCCCCCCCCUCCUCUGCACCGCCUCCUCCAACCCCAACCGCUCCUCGGGGUGCUUCUACCCGCCGCCCGCCUGCCACGUCUCCCUGGGACCCCCGCCUCCCCCCCCCCCCCCCCCGGCGUCCUUCACGCCCAGCUGCCCCACCACGCUGCCCCCGCCCCCACCCCCUCCCCAGGCCCCCCCCAUGUCCCUGCGCCUCGGGGCUCCCCCUCUGCCCCCGCUGCCUCCGUCCUACCCCUGCACCGCCCCCACCCGACGGCCUCCGGCGGUGCCCCGCAGCGCAGGUGUGAGUCGCUUGGCUCCUCCCCCCGCCCCGCCCGCCAGGUCGCCCACCACAGAGCUGUCUGGCCGCAUUCCACCUCCUCCUCCCUUCCUGCCCCCCGCAAGCCUCAGGAACGGACACCUGCACAGCCUGGACGACUUUGAGUCCAAGUUCCAGUUCCAUCCGGUGGAAGACCUGCCCCCGCCUGAAGAGUACAAGCCCUUCCUCCGCAUCUACCCCAGCAAACAGAACAGAGAGAACCCCAUGCCCCCUGGGAUCCGAACCCAACUCAGAUGAGACCUCACACCCUGCCUGCUCCUCGGCCCACAACAACCAACGGCAGCCCGCCCGGACUCCUUCCAUUCCUCCACUCCACGUGUCUUGGACUCUAAUGACAGCAUUUCUGUGGGGUGUGUAAGCAGGGGUGCGGCAGCAUUGUCGCACAGUCUCUCACAGUUCUAUGUUCUGUGGCUGUGUGUUUUUUUAGGGUUCCCAAGGGCCGUGGCACUUGCCGGGCCCAACCCAGAAUAAUGUGACCUCUGACCUCUUCUACGGUGGAAUGUUUCAAAUGUGUGUGUGUGUGUUUUCAUUUCCUUAUUCUUCAACAGAUGCACAUAGACCAGACGUAUGCACACAGAGCAAUAACAAAGUAUCCUUUGGUGGCUAAAAUUACCUCGACAUACAGUGCUUCCAAAGGUUACCAUAAGACAUACUCAUAAUGUUUGUAACAGAGUGACAAUUGUAUACUGUAAAUCCUUUUCAAGAAACUUCUACAAGACGACAUUUGUUUUGUUAUUAAACUCAAACCUGUUCGCUUAUGCUAUGAAAGAGUCACUGCAAUCUUGAGUAACACGACACACACGUACAGUUAAAUAAGUCACCAGUGAAAUACGCAAACAGUUAUCCAUUAUUAUCUUGACUUUGAUUCUGACACAAUCCAAUGGUGCUAUACUUAAAACUUUUAUAUUUUACUAUAAAGGUAUCUCUUUAAGUAAUCUGCUUACAUGUUAAUAUAUUUAGCAUUUAAAUUAUCAGAUCAUAGUGUAAAGUGUAUUGAGCAAAGGUGUUGGCAGGUAAUAACCAACUCAUUUAUUGUGGUCCUUCUCAUUAACAUGUGAAGACAGUGUCAUCUGCUGGUAGAAAGUGGGAGUUAUUACAAAUAAAUAAUUAAUUUAAAAGAAUGACUUCAUCCAAAGUGUAGUAGUUUAUUGGUCAGAAAUAUUAUGAAUUAUCUAGAGCAAUCUAGAAUAUUUUAGUCAUAAGAAGGUUUGGUGGACCAUCAAAGAUUUUUUUGGUGUAACAAGGCAUUUGGUCCAUAGUAUCAGAGAUCACAGUUAUUUGGAGCUCUUACAGUGUGUCAAGCAUGGCUAGGAAAUGCAUUGCACCUUGUACAUGUAUAAUAUUGUAUGUGAAAAAAUGAACUGUAACUGAAAUUGUUUUACGACCAAAGAUGUUCUGGGUUUUAUAGAAAUAACAAAAUACUGCAUGUUUAACAAUUCUGUUUCAGGUUUACCGAAUGGAUAUUAAACAGUUCGAGAGACA